UGGAAUUUACAGAAGGUUUCUUGACCAGUGAAUCCAAUGACACCAACAUGGAUCUUAACACCACCCUCUCCCAAAAUUCCACGGGAGAUCCAAGUUUGCAGGCUUGGAAACAACCACUAUACGUCCGGUACCUUCUCAUCAUUGGUUACGCCACCGUUAUCCUAUUAAACGUCAUCGGAAAUCCGUUAGUGUGUCUGGUGGUGGCCAAGAACAAAAACAUGCGGAACGUCACCAACCUCUUCAUAACUAACGUGGCCGUCAGUGACUUUCUGGUGGGAGCGAUCUGCAUGCCAUUGGCGUUGGUGGACAACUUGAAAGCAGGCUGGGUGUUUGGAGAAGCGAUGUGUACCAUCCUCCCAAUGAUCAUGGGGAUGACAGUUACUGCCUCGGUGCUCACUCUGGUCGCUAUUGCCGUUGACAGGUACCUGGCCGUUAUGAGACCAACUGAUGACAAGAUCAGCAACAAGAUGACCUGUAUCGUGAUAGCAGCCAUCUGGAUAGCCGCUAGCGUCAUCAUGAUCCCUGGUGCCAUGAUGUCAGAGUACAAAGAUGCUGACGGACAUCCUACCUGCCACGAGAAGUGGUCCUACGUCGAGAGCAAGCAGGCGUAUUCCGUUUCCCUCUUUGUCUUCUGCUACCUCAUCCCACUCUCUGCCAUUUCUGGUUUAUACCUCCGUGCAGGUGUCCGCCUGUACAACAGAACUGUCCACCGCACACCAUCACCUAACGACGCCCGACACGAAAGAGGUAACCAGGUCCACAAACUUGGCAACAAGGCCCGCGUGUUUAAGAUGAUGGUUGCCGUCGUUGUCCUCUUCGCCUGCCUACACUUACCCAUGUAUAUAGCCAAUCUGCUGAAUGACCUCGCACCACUUGGAAAACCAGGAAGGACUGUGCUGUACAAGUACAUCUACCCGAUUGCACACUGGUUAGCGCACGCCAAUAGCUGCAUGAACCCUAUCGUGUACGCUGUACUGAACAGAAACUUUCGCCAAGGGUUUCGGCAUGCGUUCAUGCCACGAAGAACUCGUGGCGUCAACGUGCCGAAGGUGACAUACAAAAGAGCGGCAGUGGCUGACCAACCUGACAGAGUGGAGGUCCACUGUCGGUUGGGACAGGAGUCUCCCAAUGAUAGUAGGCUGCAGCGGCCGUUACCGUCACCGGCAACACUCGAGGCGGUCAACCAUGACUGUUCACCGGGCGAACCUCACUUUCUACAUGAGGUCAAUCAAUAGCUCCGCAAAAUCCUAACGAUAUAAGCCAAACGGUAGGAAUAAACCUUAAAUAGGUUU